AUGGCGGGAGACACACCGCGUGUUGCCAAACGAUCUCCAAAUGCCUGCGUUCGAUGCCGGAGGCAGAAGAUCAAGUGCUCGGGAUCGCAGCCGUGUGAUGGCUGCAGCAAGCGCAAGCUCUCCUGCGUUUUCAACGAGCGAGACCAGAAGAUCUUGGUGACCCGGGGGUACAUCCUCGACCUGCAGGAGAAGAUCUCCCGUAUGGAGCGGGGUGAGAACGAGCAGGCAGACCCCGGCCCUUUCAGCUCAGAUUAUAACCGCCAGUCUCUUGACCCGAAGGAUAGCGAGGCUGCGCCUGGCCUUGCCAGGCACAGCCCUCCACCCGAUGACCACGACGGCUCGCAUGAGUUGGAGGAUCCAGAGUCCAGCCUGGCCAAUCCGUUGUCAUCAGGACCGCCGGCUUUCACCUCCGGUGCAAAUGGGAGAACGUUCUACAUGGGAACCUCUUCCAACUGGUCGUUCACCCGGCGAGUCCUCAGCAUGACGCAUGCGCAUCUGUAUCAUGAACCCCUGCCAUCGGAGGCUCUGCUUUUUGACGGAACCACGUACGACCUGGGGUGGGAUGGUUCACGAACAACGCCGGAUCCCGACGUUCCAGUUCUCCCGACCUACGACCAUGCGUUGUACCUGAUCAAUGCCGUGAAAUUUCGCUGCGGGCAGAUGUACCACCUGUUCGACGACGACGACUUCAUGGCCUGCUUGCAUCGAUUCUAUUCCGAGCCCCGAGGCACGGCGACGGCGAGCCUGUGGUAUAUCCACUUCCACCUUGUCCUGGCAUUCGGAAAGGGCUUCGUUCAACAGAAGAGCCAGGGCAAAAGACCCCCGGGGUCAGAGUUCUUCAGUAAAGCGCUUCGACUGCUCCCAGACCCCUGUUCUCUGUGGUACAAUCCCAUCGAAUCGACGGAGAUUCUCUGCUGCAUCUCGCUUUACUACCAGUCCCUCGACUGCCGGCAAGCGGCGCACAGUUAUAUCGGCCAGGCCAUGCGGUUGGCCAUGGCACAGGGAAUGCACACCCGCAUGCCGGCCGAAUCCCUCGGAGAGAACAUGGUCCAACGGUGUCGCAAAAUCUGGUGGACGAUCUACAUCCUGGACCGAGAGAUGACUUCCCUGAUGGGCCUGCCGCAGUCUAUCAACGAUGACCAUGUGCAUACGGACCUACCGGUGUUCCCGGGCUCGGUUCUGAAGACGGCGUCCCUCCACAUGCAUAUCAAGCUGUCGCGCAUCACCGCGGAGAUCAACAGCACGGUAUAUGCCUUUGGCGGACGGCUCAAUCGGACCUUUCUGCUCAGCACCAAGGCUGCUUUGGCGAACAUUGCAGGGCUGGCAGACGAGCUCCGAGACUCGUUUCCCCUACAUCUCGACCCGGCCGUCAGCGGUGUCUCGAGGAUAUCCGCAUACCUGCAUCUGCUGUAUCACCAGUGCAUCGUUCUCGCCAUCAGACCCCUCCUGUUCUGCUUUCUCAAGAUCCGGUUCGAAUCCCCCGGCAAAUGCCAGGAAACGCUGGAUUCCUCGCGCAGCGUCCGCAAUCUCAUGCAGACGUGCAUGGACUCUGCCCAGCAGAUCGUCGGCAUCCUGCACAGUCUUCAAGCCCAAGGGCUCCUGGAGACAUUCCUCCCCUUCGACCUGGACUCCGCUUUCGCAUCCACCGUCGUCCUCCUCAUGGGCCCGGCAAUCGAACCCCGUCGGCUGGAACCCCAUACCGCCUGGAUAGACAAGGCGCACUCGGUCUUCGAAGAGAUGAUCGAGGGCGGCAAUCUGAUCGCGCGGUUGCUGCUGUCCGAGCUACAGAAACUCGACGAAAUGCUCUGCUGUAUUUCCGGGGGGCGGGCAGCGCCGCGCUCGUUGCAGCAGCAGGGACCUGCCGUCGUGGCCCCGCGUACCCCAAUGACUAGCUCUAUGUCAACGACGACGACCGCGACACGGCGUCUAAGUGACGCGAUCCCGCCUGCGCCGGACUACGUGAUUGAGGAUGAGUAUGCUGCGACUGGACUGACCGCGGCCGAUAUCAUGGCUCUGGCCGAUUCGAUCGAGAGCUACGAUACGGAGUGGAUGUCGAAUGCUAUCAGCGAGCAUCGGAUUUGGUAG